AUGACCACACUAGUUUACAAGGACAACAUCGUCGAAAAGAUUGGAGGACAAAGUCAAUUUGACUUUGUCAUUAUGACCUAUUGUGAGAGCAUCCGGGAAGAUCCUCGAUUGGGUGGAUUCUUCGCCCAUUUGGACCUCGAUGGUCUGAUUCUACUCCAAAAGGAAUGGUUGGAUGCCGCCCUGAUUGAAAACUCACCAGAAGAAACAGAUACCAUCAUUGGUCGGCUGGCAGUCAAACACAAAAUCCUGUGGGAAAAGGGCAUGAACGAAACUCACUUUGAACAGCUUAAAACGCACUUCAUCAUGGCUCUGAGAGAUUGCUGGGCCGGAGAAGAAUUGAUCCAAGCGGCUGGAAAGCAUUUUAACAAUUUGCUUCUUCUAUUCUUACAAAGUGACAAGUUUGCCGGUAAAGCAGCAGCAGCAGCAGCAGCAGUAGCAUCCCCUGUCCAGCAACGGUCAACAUGGACGGUGCGCACCUUGGAUCAAGCUGGAGCCAACAAGAAUGGAGUAGCAUCCCCUGUCCAGCAAUGGUCAACAAGGACGGUGCGCACCUUGGAUCAAGCUGGAGCCAACAAGAAUGGAGUUCGGACUUAA